AUGGCACCUGAUCCGGCCGUGCUACCGGGUGACGUCCUCGCGGAGAUCCUCGGCCGCCUCGCGCCGCACAGCCUAGCCACGUCCCGGCUGUUCUGCAGUGCGUGGCGCGACACCAUCGACGCCCGCCUGCGCGCCCACCUGCUCCCGUGCUUCAUGCGCGGAAUCUUCAUCAACUUCACCCGGCUUAGAUUCUCGGAGUUCUUCUCACGUCCCACGACAGGCCCGGCGAUCUGCGGAGGGCUCGACUUCUUGCCCUGCACGGGCGUCAGUGUCAUGGACCACUGCAACGGGCUAUUGCUUUGCCGCGGUCUGAGGCACGAGCACGACCAUGCACUGCCGCGCGAUUAUGUUGUCAACCCGGCCACACGUCGGUGGGCGCGUCUGCCCCAACACCCUCGGCCGCACAUGCCGGGUUCCGACGAGAGCGCGUACCUCGCGUUCGAGCCAGGCAUGUCACCGCACUAUGAGGUCGUUCUGAUCCCGCUCGUGUUGUCCGCCGGCGUGUCGAACGAUGACACAUUGCAUGGAUCGGAGUGGCCCCCCGCGUCAUACGUCAUUGAUGUGUUCUCGUCAGUUACUCGGUGGUGGGACAAGACGACCUUUGUUCGGGAAGGGGAGACCGCAGGGAUCAUUGACUACAUGGAUUCAGAUUGGUCGUAUAAUCAAUAUCAUUAUCAUGCGGUCUACUGGCAAAGCAAUCUCUAUAUCCAUUGCCAGCAUGGCUAUCUCAUGAGAAUGUGUUUGUCAGAUCACACAUACAGAGUAAUUACACUACCAGUCAGUAAAUAUUUACCGAGAGGAUAUCCCGACCACCAUCUUGGUAAAUCACAGAGAGGGGUGUAUUGUGCAAUAUCAAAUAACCGGAGUCCGGUCCUUCAGCUUUGGCAUCUCAAUGAAUCGUGUAGUCGAAUAGAAUGGGUGCUAAAUCAUGAUACCACUCUUAAUACCUUUGAAUAUGAGGACUAUGCCCAACUAGGUAGGCAAUGGAUCAUACAGGAUGUUAACUACCGUAAGUGGUUCUUUGAGCAGAAUGGAAUUUACAAAGAGCCGGUGGAAGAGAAAUAUGACUGGAAUUCUGACGAGGAUAGCAUUCUUCACAUUGAAUAUGAUGUUGAAGAGGGAUACGAGGAUAACGGUCUUGACUUCGAAGAUGACGCUAUCGAGGAUAACACUCUUGAAGAGGGAUAUUAUGGAAAUUAUUAUUUCCUUGGGUUUCAUCCUUAUAAAGAGAUUGUCUUCUUAAUUUCAUCAGGGAGAAAACCUAGAGGACUGGCCUAUGAUUGGAACAGCUCAAAAUUUCAGGACUUGGGCAAUGUGUGUUCAGCAUAUUACGACCCCAUCUGUGGACUACCAUGCCAAGAGACAUAUGCAGCUUUCCCGUAUACACCUUGCUGGAUAGGCGAGUUUCCGGGAAACGAAAUAGAAUCGCUAUAUCAAGAUCGGGAACUAUCUAGGACAAAGAUGGAAUUGGAAGAGGAAUCCAACAUUACAUGCAUGGACUUGUACGAUAUGCGCAAGUUCAGUGGACGCGUCAAGAGGAUCAAGGACUCCACAACCAAGAUUCGUCGCAGACGCCGCAAGUAG